UUAAUUGAUUCCAAGGAGACGCACCGCACGGGGGGGCUGGAUCGGGGGAGAACCCGGACAGGAUGGAAGGGAUCAACCCGCGAUGCGAAGGGAAUGAAAGAUCGCGUUCAGGGACGGGGACGGUAGGAUGGGUGAGAAGAAAAGCAGGGCAGUGACGUAAAGAGCAGCAGGUGGGAGGUGGAGUCGGCACCAAGAAAGGAAAAGAAAAUAAACGAGCUGUGAUGUAAAGUUGAGGGUGUCCGUUGGGUCACUUCUAGAAACUGUUGUUACCAUGAGCGUGGGAUUCAUCGGUGCUGGGCAGCUUGCCUUCUCCUUGGCGAGGGGCUUCACAGCAGCAGGGAUUUUGGCUGCCCACAAGAUAACAGCAAGCUCACCAGACACUGAUCUCCCAACAGUAUCAGGCUUGAGGAAAAUGGGUGUAAAUUUCACUAUAAGCAACAAGGAGACGGUUAAAAACAGUGAUGUCCUGUUUCUGGCAGUGAAGCCUCCCAUAAUUCCCUUUAUCUUGGAUGAGAUUGGCUCAGACAUAGAAGAUCGACAUAUUGUGGUCUCGUGUGCUGCUGGCGUUACUAUCAGCUCAAUUGAAAAGAAACUUUCUGCCUUCUGCCCCACUCCAAAAGUGAUCAGGUGCAUGACCAAUACACCAGUCAUUGUGCGGGAAGGGGCCACCGUUUAUGCCACAGGAACUCAUGCAGAAGUGGAAGAUGGGAAGCUCUUAGAACAGCUGAUGGCAAGUGUGGGCUUCUGCACUGAAGUAGAAGAAGAUUUGAUAGAUGCUGUGACCGGACUCAGUGGCAGUGGACCUGCUUAUGCAUUCACAGCCCUGGAUGCCCUGGCAGAUGGAGGGGUGAAAAUGGGCCUUCCUCGCAGGCUAGCGGUCCGAUUGGGAGCUCAAGCCUUGUUGGGAGCUGCCAAGAUGCUGUUGGAAUCUGAGCAGCACCCUGGACAACUUAAGGACAAUGUUUGCUCACCAGGAGGUGCUACCAUCUAUGCCCUUCACUUCCUAGAGAGUGGUGGUUUCCGCUCAUUGCUCAUCAAUGCUGUGGAGGCGUCCUGCAUCAGGACACGGGAACUACAGUGCUUAGCUGACCAGGAGAAGGUCUCCCCAGCUGCCAUUAAGAAGACCUUAAUGGAUAAAGUGAAACUAGAGUCUUCCUCUGCCAACAAGGUCAGCCUAUUCAACAAGAAGAAUCCUGGCAACAAGAAGUUCUGAAGAGACCCAACCCUUGCCUGAUCCUGCUUUCCUUUUCUUUGAAGGGAAUCUUUAGUACAAAAUUUUUUUUAAAGGGGAGAGGGGAGAGGUAUUGUGGACUCAAACUGCUGGGAGAAAGGGAUUUAAGCUUCCAGAAGUAAUUAUUAAGGAAUAAUAGGGCAGUGUUCUUGGGGGCUAUGGGGAAAAUAGUUUUAUCAGCCAUUUCUCUUAGAUGAGUAACUACAUCUAAGUAGUAUCUUCCUUUGAACUUGACAGAUGAUUUGUUUGCUUACAUUUUUUAACCCUAUCUUUCCUCCAAAGAGCUCCUUUCCCAGUUAACCUCACAACAGAUUUGCACAACAGGUGAUCCUGAGAAAUAAUGACAUAGUCAAGCAAAAAGCUGAAUCCAAGUAUUUCUGAGUCUUGUUUACUUGCAUUCAUUCUGUCUGCCUCUUCCUCUCUUGCUCAAACACACACACACAGAGGAAUGGAAGCAGAAUCUUCAAAUCUUGAUUUUGCAAUGUAUCCCAUUUUAAUCAAACAAUGGCUUCUUCAUCUACCGCUCCUGGAUUUCAUAUAGGUUAUGUGUUUGUGCUUAUCUCCCAUAAUAGGCUGCAAGAGUAUCUACAGUAGCCUGUCUGUAGUCCCUUGAUUCCAUAAGAACAGAAGAAUCUGUUUAAAAAGAAAGAUCAGUCUGUUUCUCCAUUUGACCAAAUAUUGUAGCCCAAGCUUCUAGUAUAUAAGCUAUAAGAAAUCUCAACUAGAUGCAGAAUCUGCUAUAGCAUAUACCUGGAAGUUGUUCAAAUUACAUGGGGGAUUAUUCAUACAUAAUUUUGAUUUUCACAGUGGAGUAGCACAAGGUGUUAACAUUUUGGUAAAAGCAUCAAAAAUAACGAAACAGUACUAUGAUGCGAGAAUGAGUAACAAUUAGAUGCAGUUGUGAUCUAAUCACAAAUUCAUCUAUUGGAUUUUAGUUGCAGCAUUCUUCUAAUAGAUAAGGAUUGAGACUUGAAGCUUGCUUAAAGCUGCAAAAUGGAAAAAUUAGUGAGGUGUACCUUCCAGGUAGAUCUGGAAUCUAAGAACUUAUUUUUAUUGAUCAUAUUUUAUUUAUUGAUCUUAUUUGUAUAGCCGUCCAUCUCACAAGAGAGUGACUGUGGGUGGCAUACAACACUGUACAAUACUGGCAUACAACUUACUAUAGUGAGAUGGAGGGAAGUCAGCUCUCUCAUUUCUUUUAAUGCCAGUGUCUUGCUUUUCUAAUGGCUCCCUGCCAUUUCCAGCCCAUGGAUACUGUUGUGUUAUAUACCGCUUUUGAGUAAAAUAUUUUUCCGCUGAGGAAAGCAGAACUAAGCCUUUAUCUGUAGAACUUAAGUCUCUUUGUAUCCUGGAGGCAGAUAUGUGUUCUGGACUAACUGGGAGUUUCAGGAUGCCUGCCUUGCUAGAGCCCAAAGAUUCCUGAAGACGUAGAUGGUGAUUGUGCCCAUGAAAAGCCCAAUGGCAGAGCAGUUCUGUACCACUUGAUCUUUGUACACUUCCUGCCUAGAUUCUCUAAUCUUUUCUUGUCACUUUACUCUUUUCUAUUUUCUGGAACACACAUCACAGGAGAGUAGUAGCUCUUAUUUUGUGAAUGAGCCACAGCGUGGACUCAUUCUUUCCCCUCUCUUACACUGAUAAGAGCUCAGAAACAACCAUUCUGUCUUUAAACAAGCCACAUUUCCUUGUUACAUCUGAACUCAGGAAACAUCUUAAUUAUUUAAGUGAGAAUAAUUCAGGAUUAAACUAUUUCCCAAGGAAUAUGAAGCAGGAUUCUAUUGGGGUGAAGCUUUUGCCUACUUUUUAUGACAGCCCAAAUGGUCAAAGAAUUAGAAAAAUUUUUGCUUUAGGUACUUGCUGCCAAUAGAGGUGCUAUUUUUCUGGAAAUCUUUAUGUAUCGAACACUGAACAGUCUACAUUCCUCAAUUUAAAAUUAUAUUUGACUUCGUCUGUAGUUUGAUUGCAUUAAAGUGCUCAGUAGUUGAAACCUUAGGUGUUUUCUUUCUUACCUUCCCCUUUAACAACAAAAACUUGGCCAGCAACCAAAGGCCUUGCCUUUCCCACCUCCCUGAAUGGCAAAGAUGGAACAAAAAUUGGUUGAGGGAGAAAAAAUACAGUGGAGCAGUGGCCUAUCUGCAUCCUGGAAAACUGAUAGAGGAAGAUCUGGUUGUAAUGAUAAGUUUGAUUUUGAAUUUAGAACAAAGCUGACAACUUAUAUGUAAGAAAUUCAGCAUAUAACUCAGAUGAUCAAAUGCCUGUAGGGUUGAAGUUGAUAUACGUUUUAAAAUAAUGUUUAAAGCAAUAGUAAGGUUUGUUUCUAAGCUUUUGCUGGAUUUUCUUCUGUUUAUUUUGGUGCUCUGGGAAUGGGUUAGUUUUAGAAGAAUUUGAAAGUCAUAUUUUUCUUUCUCUCUCCAGUUCUUGGAGAAUAAAGUCUGAUUUUCUCACUUGAAA